GUGCCCACCAAAAUUUACCCAGCCCUAAACUUCCGCUCGGCGGGACCCCAAAAAGCAGACUUGCGAGAGCAUCACCGUCGAGGAAUUGAGAGGCUUCAUCGACACUACCCAGCAGCCACCAUGCCUACCCGGUUCUCCAAGACAAGAAAGCACCGCGGCCAUGUGUCCGCCGGUAAGGGUCGUGUCGGCAAGCACAGGAAGCACCCCGGUGGUCGUGGUAUGGCUGGUGGCCAGCAUCACCACCGCACCAACCUCGAUAAGUACCACCCGGGUUACUUCGGAAAGGUCGGCAUGAGGCACUUCCACCUUCUCCGCAACCACUACUGGGCGCCCACUAUCAACAUCGAGAAGCUCUGGUCUCUCGUGCCCGCCGAGACCCGGGAACAGUACAUCAGCGGCCAAAAGACCGACUCUGCUCCCGUUAUCGACCUUCUGUCUCACGGCUACGCCAAGCUCCUCGGCAAGGGCCGUCUUCCCGAGAUUCCCGUCGUCGUCCGGGCGCGGUACGUCAGCUCGGAGGCUGAGCGCAAGAUCACAGAGGCUGGUGGUGUCGUUGAGCUCGUUGCUUAAGUCGGACGCGGUUACGGUUACAUCAAAGGCUAGCGAUUGUCAUUUUCGGUUACGAAGGAAACCCGGAUUGUGAACCCAAUGGCAGCGGAUCGG